GAAUACGACUGUUAGUGGAUGGAAGGUGAGUCAGAUUGAAUCACGGCCCACAUCCAACCCCGCGGUGAGAUCACUGCAGUCCACAAAUUCUGGGAAAAGGCUUGGCACCGCCCGGCCAUCAACCUCGAUUUGUAUUUGCUACUUAAGAACUAUAACUACAACAGCAUCAGCAGAUAGCAAACGAUACAAAAGGAUACAAUCUUGUUUUCGAUUCAAAGAAAUCACCCGUUUCUUCUACUCACCUUCCCUCCUGGGAGCCGAUCUGGUCCUGUCGAUCCCCGGGGCAGGUCACCCGAUCUCUGCGUUGGCAUCUCAGACGUCAGUUCGACAAAGUCGCACUCCCCAACAGUCUAAUUAGGCCUACUCCCGCGACGGGCCCCGAUCCCUUCCUACUACACCAUGGAGAACGGGUCAAAUGACAGCCCAGCGGGUCUAGAACCCCAAGUUCAACGCACAGAGAACCAGCCGCCUAUCGAUGGUGAUGCGCUGGCAGGGCCGGCACGAGCGCGUGGCGCUGGAUCCUCGCAGGAGGCGAAUGCGCCGCGCCAAUCAGCCCCUAAGAAACGGGCUAAAUGUCGCUAUUUUGCUUCCAAGAAGGGUUGCCGUGCUGGCGCGGAAUGUCCAUACAUCCAUGAUGCUGCUGCCGUUGAGCAGAGAAAGGCCAUAUCCAGCCAGUCAUCUGGACCUGAAUCGUCGACUAAUGAUGCCCAGGCCUUAGAUGCCGGCAUGGCUAGUGCGGUUCAGGGCAUGAAGAUUGCUGAAAGCGUGUCUAAGCAAGCCGUGACAACGCCUCAAGUGGCCCAGACCCCAAGACCGGUCUCAAAGAUAGAGAAGAAUGACCCGAAAGAGUUCCAGCUCAAUCAAUUGAGGCGACGGUUCCGUCCACAAGAGGAGAGCGACGAGAACGGAUCGACUCUAUCGUUUGGGCUGGCCCCUUCAGACCCCGAUUUUCCUUUCGAAUUGGACGCCUUGCAAUGCGUUCUUCAUGUGCCAAAUACAUACCCUGGCAAGGGACGGCCUAGACUCACUGUGACCAAUCCUGAAAUGGAGGCUGCCUUUCAAGCCAAUGUGUCUAGGGGUUUCGAUGAUAUUGUCGAUUACGCGAUUCGGACUAACGCCCGUGGAACUUUGCUCAAUUGGGUGAACACUCUUGAUAGGCAGCUCGAACGGCUUCUGACUACUCUAGAAAGGGGUCCUAAGCUUACAUUUGUGGCUAAUCUUGGUAGUGGUGCUGCGAGUCCAGUACCGGCGCAACAGCAGCGGCCCACCUCAGUUGCGACUGUGCAGCCUCGGGCGACUCCUACGGCGUCGGCUUCUACUACAUCAUCUGCAGUAAGCAAGCCGCCUGUUCUUGCUCCAAGCUACACGUACGAACAAAAGACCCAAGCCGAGAAACGGAGGUCAAUGGAGACGAAACAACUUGAGGCCCGACUUGGAAGACUCCCGUUGUUCCAGAAGCGGUCAGAAACCACUUUCAGUAUUCCGAUCCAACCCGCUAAGCAGGAACGUCUACCGAAGUCGCUUCAAAAUGUGAAAACAGUGAAGCUCAUCGUGCCUCCCCUGUAUCCAUUGGAGCAUAGCUCUAUUGAGAUGCAUGGCGUGGACAGCCCCGAAGCAAGAUCCGUAGAAGCCGGAUUUGCGCAAUGGUUUGAUAAAAACUCCCAGAUGAACUUGGUAUCACAAAUCAAUUUUCUGGCAAGCAACAUGCAUAACUUUGCCAAGACACCUUUGCCUGAGGUUGCAGAGCAAGCUCAGCAUGAACUCAUCCAAGAAGAGGAAGAUACCUCUGCGCAGCAAUCUGAAGAUGGUGUCCCCCUCGAAGCUACCGGAGAUAAACCUCAUUUGCAUGUUAUCCCCCGUCCACCCGAGUGGUCUACCCCCGGGCAACAAAGCGGCAGCGACAUGACAGAUGAAUCCAGCUACGAAGAAGACUCGGAAGAGGACGAGGAGGCUCAAGACUCUGAAGAAGGUGGUGCUCCUGUCCCCGCGGUUCUGGAUACACCAGGUCGAGGCGUUGCACUUUCAUUCCCGUUCCUGGAGCUGUAUGGCAUCGAGUUGCUGGAGAUAGCGCACCUCGCCAUCACUAUCAAGUGUGACCGCUGCAAGGAAUCAAUGGAUAUCAAGAAUGUACAGCAACUUGCAGAUCCCAAGGAUAUGCCGAAGGUCGAGUCGUGCAAGAAAUGCGUCAACUCGAUGAGCAUUGGAUUUAGGAAACAGCUGAUGCAUUCGCACGCGAACCGGGCCGGGUACCUUGACUUGGAUGGCUGUACCGUCAUGGAUCUUCUUCCAAGCAAUUUUAUCCCGACUUGCUCCGAGUGCUCAACCACCUACCAUGCUCCGGGUGUAUCAGCCGUCCGCGGUGAGAGCGCUAUGGCAAUCUGCCGGCACUGCCAUCGUAAGAUGGUUUUCAAAAUGCCCGAGGUCAAGUUCCUGGUCGUCGGUACAGCGGCGAUGUCCUCCCGUGCUGCGCUCCCAUUGAAGAAGAGGCCAAAGGAGGUCCUUGGUAUUGUUGCAGGACAGGAGCUUCCCCGGCGCGGUCGAUGCCAGCAUUACGGGAAGAGUUAUCGUUGGUUCAGGUUUAGUUGUUGCGCAAAGGUGUUCCCUUGUGAUAAAUGCCAUGAUGCGGAGACGGAUCAUCCUAACGAACACGCCAACCGUAUGAUCUGCGGCUUCUGCUCCCGCGAGCAAAUCUACAGACCAGAGAAUUGCGGAAUCUGCAGAGCCGUUCUCAUCGGCAAAGCUGGUAGUGGAUUCUGGGAAGGAGGCAAGGGAACGAGGAACCGGGCUCUUAUGAGUCGUAAAGAUCCCCGCAAGUAUAAACGGCGUGGGGGAACUGUGCCUGGUGGAUCUAGCUCGAAGAAGAAGUAGAGCUUUGGAGCAAUUUUUACAGGGUCAUUGGGAUAUAGAUUAUUGCAUAAUGCAUGACCCAAGAACAAUUUCGGGGCUGCUCCAUUUGUACUCUUCUGGAACAUUGGCCAGUGAAUUGACGCUGCGGGUAUCUUGCUAUUUGGUUAUGUACACGAGACAUAUUUAGGAAGGAAGAUUCCAGAUAAAAUCCAGCCCACCACCUUCAUAAAUCGGAAAUUGACCAUUAUUACUCAUUCCGAAAGGUGCCAUUGAAGGAUCAAAUGGCAAUGAAAGCCAGUCAUCCGCCAUAUCAUUCAGAGAUGGUAUGUAUCCCAAAUCAGACGUCAAAUCUUGUGACAAGGGGGUGUUGGCUGUAUUGGAGCGGUCGGUAUUUUCUGGCCAGGGAGGAGGGCCCAUAGAUGAUCGACUAGUAGCAGUUCGACUAUUGUUAAAAUUGUUGUUGACAUUGUUUUUAAUAGCCUUGGAGGAAGCUAGGAGGUUUUGUCGGAGGCGUGAGACAUGCAUGUCUAGGAGUGUGGCGUAGCGAGUGCUUAGAUGGACGUCGUCGAGUGCAUUAGAUUUGAGAGCACUGAUGCUCCUCUCGAGGACUUCUAAUGACUCUCGGAGUGUUGCUUGCCGGGUACCCAGGCUGAGUGCUUUCAUUAAGAAAAUCGAAGCGCUGGUAAUGCGAAGGACGAUGCGGACUGGCGAGAAUCGUAGGGCGCCCACCUCUGCGAGGUGUGUGACCUUUUGGAGUAUUUGGCAACAGCCAUCAAUCACUUCUUGGAUAUACUCAUAGUCGGUCGGGUCGAUGGUCAUCGGUCGGACGUCAUCGAGGUUGUUGAGAUCGGCGUCUGCUACUGCACGCUCCACAACGGCUUGCAUGCCGACUGAAUGGGUGUACACGCGGACGAAAUGGUACUCAAUGAAGAGAUCAUUGUAGAAUGCCGUGUCGAGAUUAUGCGGCUGGAGAUAUUUGUCCUUCCAUUGAUUGAGCAGGGGCCGGAAAUGCUCUAACAGUCCGACAUAACGACCACUAUGAAGUUGCUGACGAGCAAACUUUGCAGAGGGGAAGAACAUGUCUGUGACGGAUUGCGCCAGCUUGGUGAGUUCGAUCCAAGAAUCCAUGAAUAUCAGCCAGGUGCUUCCAGGUUGACUUAGACCGCGAGGCUUACGCCCGCCUAGGACUGCAUGGUUGAGUGAUUGAGGAAUUGGGGACAUGCAGCCAAUCCGCCAAGCGAGUUGAUUGAUAUAGACAUAGAGAAGCCGUUGGACUCGCUGUCGUCGGAGUUUGAUUUGUUCUCUCCAUUGUUGGUCAUCACCAGGGUUGUCGAUCUCCUCCGUCUCAAAGAUACCUAAUUCAUGUGCUAGAGAGAGCGCGCAUCCAAGCAGCAUCCAGGACAUUUGAUCGGACCUCCUAGAUGGCUCGAUCAUAUCCUCAACCCAUCGGUUUGCUGAGGUAUCUUGAGACUCGGAAUGAUUUGCAAGUUUAGGAUCUACAGAGAUCAGAUCAUCAUCCCAGCCAUCCGUUUCAGGAGGAAAGUGUAGAGAGCGAGGAUGCCAUUCAGCCAUGAGCAAGAGGGCUUCUACCGUGCCAAGACUCCUGAUCUUAGAUUUUGUAGACUUUUCUUGCCCGAAAAUGAGCCGCAUUGUCAGUUGCUGGCAGUGUUGCCAGAGUCGAUGAUGAAUGAAGAAGUUCCUUGACUCUCCACCUGCGCCUGGAAGAACGUGAUAACGUGAAGAAAUCAUAAGGAUCGUUGAACACAAUACAGGUUCGCGGGUGAUCAUCGUAAGGUGAUUCUGGUGAUUGGCAUAAAAGUCUGUUAAUAUGGGUGAUAG